AUGGCCUCGUCUUCGAACGCGCUGAUGCAGUACCCUCCCGCGAUCCAGUACCCUCCCGCGAUCCACGGGCAGAAUAACAUCCCACCCCUCCACAAUUUCAUGGGCACCGCCGCAUGGCACAAGGUGGAGAGUAUGAUCCGCUGCGUCGGGCUGUCCAAGCGCACCCAUCGCACAACGGCCGACGCCGACGGCGACGGCAUCCUCGCCCCGCCCAACUCUCCUGUCGGGCCCGUCCAGUAG